UUAAUGGUUGCUUCUAAUUACAGCAAACCUUUAGCGCCAAUUUCUCUGUUGCCAUGCAUGACAGGAAUCCUUGUAUCCAAUAACCUUUUUUCUCCCCCCUAUAGAAUUCGAGAUUUCUCUUAAAUUUUCUUCUUCUCGGGGGAGAAAAAAAGAUGAUGAUGAUCAUGUUAACAGUGUUUGUUCUUGGUGGGAUAUUUGUUCUUGCAGUGGAAGCUUUAGGAAUUGUUAUUUUUAUAUGGUGGCUUAUGAGAAGGGUUGAUAAAGGGAAACCACCUGAAGGGUCUUUGUGUUUUGCUGGGGAUAUUGAUCCAUCUUUCUACAACAAGCAGGGAAUAGUAUGGGUUCUAGAAUCUGAAAGAAUCCUGAAAGCUUUAAACACGGACAAAGCUACAAAGCAGCACAAAGCCCAGAAAGAGAUCUUAGAGGUAAUACCUUCUCAGAAAUUUGGAAAAAUAAAAAAAAACUCUCUCAUCCUAAUAGAAUCGGAUGGUUCCCAUACUGAAAUUCCACUCAAAGGUUGCAUGGUUGCAGCUGUUUCUGCUUCAAGCUUGUCCACAAGAAAAUGGGCAAAAAGAUACCCAAUUAAAGUUGAAAGUGGAGCAUCUGCUGUAUAUAAAGGAAGUAGAAUAUUUUACAUUUACCUUGAAACAUCUUGGGAGAAGGAAGCAUGGUGCAAAGCCCUUCGUCUUGCUUCCUGUGAGGAUGAAGAAAAAAUAAAGUGGUUGGCAAAGUUAAAUGUAGAGUUCCAGAAUUACCUGACGUCACUAAACGCAGCAUAUCCUUCAUUUAUGAAACCAUCUUCAAGGUUUGGUGCUGAAGUAGUUGAUAAAUCAAGUAAGCCAGAUGGUUCCUCGUCAAAAGUUCGUCAAUUUCUAAAAAAGUUAACCAAGAAAGCUUCCAAGAAUGCUCCAGAAAAUAAGGCAAGUAGCAGUUCAAAAUUAGGCCAUGAAGAACGAAAGUUGAUUGAGAAAGGCCCUUCAUUCCAAGACCUUGACUUGGCUAGUAGUGUCAUGAAGGUUGCUCCAACAAGAAAGCCUCUUGAUUUUUCCAAUGAGGAUGUUAUAGUGCCUUCAUCUACUGGGUCUGUCAUUUCUGAUGCAGAUUCUGAUGACAGGGUUAUUGGUGAUGAAGGAUCCCUUUGUUGGAAUUUGUUAAUAUCACGGUUGUUCUUUGAUGCUAAAAGAAAUGAGCAGAUGAAAAGUUCUUUGCAAGAACGGAUUCAGAGAACCCUCUCCAAUAUUCGUAGCCCCAGUUACAUAGGUGAAGUAACUUGUGCUGCUGUUAAUGUUGGUGACCUCCCUCCCUAUAUACAUGCAAUGAGGGUUCUUCCCUCAGAUAUGAACGAGCUCUGGGCUUUCGAAAUUGAUGUUCAGUACUCUGGUGGUGCAAUAUUAGACCUUGAAACGAGGCUUGAAGUUCAAGACCUUGAUUUACAUGAGGGGGACGAAGCAAGUUUAGAUUCAAGUGUUGUUGAUAACGUCAAAUCAGAUCUGUUAGAAGGUUUUGAACGCUUCAGUGAACAAUUUAAGCAUUCUGAUGAGAACACAGAUAAGAUGGACCAAAGAAGUGAUGGUGAUAUACUUGCACGUAACUUUUCAACCGCGAGCAGAAGCUCUAAUUGCUCUAGUAGCUCACUUCCUGGAUCUAAGUGGAAAUCAAUCUUACAUUCUGUGGCCAAGCAGGUUUCACAGGUUCCACUCUCGUUAGGGAUCAGGGUUGCAUCUCUACGAGGAACACUGAGGUUAUACGUAAAGCCACCACCUUCAGAUCAAAUAUGGUUUGGAUUCACAGCGAUGCCAGAUAUUGAUAUCCAUUUGAACUCUUCUGUUGGGGAUCGUAAGAUCUCAAGUGGACACCUUUUGUUGUUCAUAACCAGUCGAAUUAAGGCUGCUAUUCGUGAAUCUGUUGUGCUUCCAAACUGUGAGAAUGUAUGCAUACCUUGGAUGAUAGCGGAAAAGGAUGACUGGGUUCCCCUAAAAGAUGCUCCAUAUAUAUGGAUUCAUAACAAAUCUGCAGGUAAUGCUAAGAAACAAGAAGCAGAUAGGAGAAGUACCAGCAGUAAUGCUGAAAAUGAACAAGAAAAACUGAACAGAGUUGGUGGAUGGGCUACUCAAAAGAGCAAGUCCCUGGAUCCACACUCUUUGUACUCAGCUCCUAAGGUUCAGCCUAGUUUCAGAAGCCUCACUACUAGUCCAGAACGAACACAUCUUAAGUCUAAAAAACAUCACGGAGAGACACUACAACGCAAGUCAUCGGACCCACAGGUAUAUUUAUCAGUUCAUAUGGGCCAGUCUUCUGGAGCGGACUUGCAUGCCCCUUUGUUGAGCCACAAUGAACAGCUAGAGAGUCACCGCAUGAGCACAGAGGAAAACAUGCAAAGCUACUCACCGUCACCUUCUCAUUCACUGAGUAUGCUAGAGGAACAAAAUAGUUCUACAGAAGAUGAGAUGAAGCCAAAAAGAACAGGUGCAAGGGCUAAGAUGCUUGGUUUGCGGAAAAAAAUGGGGGAAAAGCUUGAAGAGAAGAAGCGUCACAUAGAAGAGAAAGGGAGACACUUGGUGACAAGGAUGAGAAGCCACAAGGAAUAUUCGUAAAUCUGCAGUUCCCUCGGCUAUAACUUAUUCAAGUA